AGGAAGUUGCCUAUCAGUUUGUUUGCUUCUACCUGAAAUCAUCAUCGACAAACCAGACGGUCCCAGUUAUAACUCUGUAGCCACGGACCCAGAUACAAGUGACUUACUGUUUUGAGACAGAUACACUAACCCUUAGUUCAACAAACACACACGUGUGUUGCUACCUUGCCGUACCAAUACAAGGUGUGAGAGAUGACCAUCGCUUCUUUCAAAGACAAAGGAGUGACUGUGGUGACUGUGGCGGCUGACAGUAAGAGCAUGUUACCGCCGCUGUGUCAGAUCCUCAAGUCUCUUUGCUACAGUCCCAUGUGCUGCUCAGCGUACAAGGGGCUGAUGCAGAGCAAUGUGACUGCAGCUCUUGGGACUAUACAGAUCAUGGUGGGCCUGUUCAACAUCGGACUGGUGCCAGGACGAACAUACAUGUAUCCCAAGGAUCUGACCAGCCUGGGAGUUGCUUACUGGCUGGGUGCUGUGUUCAUCAUAGCUGGAAUCAUGUCCAUUCUUGCCGGCCGGUUCUCCUCUAUUUGCUUGGUGGGCUUUGCCGCUUUUGUGAACAUAGUCGGAUCUGUCUUUGCUAUUGUUGCCAUCGCGCUGAAUGCCAAAGACCUGGCAGAUGCCCCUGCCAUCAGGAUGUGUGACCUGUACAUUGGUCGCAGUUAUUAUGGCGACUGUGAACAUGUGGCAUAUUAUGUGCAGCGCUUGUUGACAACCAUGGACAUUACUAUGAUCGUCCUGGCUGUUCUUCAACUGUGUGUCUGUAUCAGCUUUGCUGUUCUGGGCAUCAAGGCUGUGGUCAACAGACAGAAGGAAGAGGGUGAUGUUGAAGAUCAGCAGCAACAGUUGAAUGCAGUCCUCCUGACCAAUCCUUGUGCCUAAAAUCAACUUAACUAAGCACAUGGAAGCAUGACUUUGAGGCAUUGUAAUACUUGUGCUUUUACACUCACUUUCUGAAAGUAAUCAAACUGAUUUGUAUCACAUAAGGACACGUUUUUCUGCGUUUAAGUUCUUUCUGCUUGUCAAUAACUUUUUGAAGUAAACUUGAUUUAAUAAAACAUUCAACAUGCUAAAAUAAAAAACC